CUUAAUCAAUCGAGUAACUCUUGAUCAUGGAGCCCUGAUUGAGUAUCUCUUAAUCAAAUAACCUCAGCCAGAUGUAUUUUUUUUCUUCUUAUUAUUAUUUUUUUUCAUAGGGUCUUUUAUUCCAAAUCCUUGUACGGUGCUAAGAAAUUAUUUUGUAAGAAUUACCCAAGUCGUUGGUUGUUUGUGCCCGCAGAAAGCCAGAAAUGACUGCAAAGUGCAAACUUAUAAACAGUUCACCAUCUCCCUACCAACGCCAAAACUAAACCUCAAACCAACCAAAAAUGGAGAAAAACUACGACACCCCACCACCGGAAAACCACCAACCAAUACCACCUUCCGCCAUAACCACAACCCCAAAAACCACCCCAAAACCCCAACCAAAACGCUUCAUACGCAACCAAAUCCCAUUCUCAAUCCUCAACAAUCCCUCCUUAAACGCCGCAAUCUCUCUCCUCCCCUCCAACUACAACUUCGAAAUCCACAAAUCCGUCCAUCGAAUCCUCUCUCUCUCUUCCCCUUCACCGCGCAUCGCGCUCCAACUUCCCGAAGGGUUGCUCAUGUACUCCCUCUCUCUCUCCGACAUCUUCCGCACCUUCGCUUCUGCUUCCGACGUCUUCGUUCUUGCCGACGUUACUUACGGCGCUUGUUGCGUCGACGACCUCUCUGCUGCUGCGCUUGGCGCUGAUCUUCUCAUUCAUUACGGACAUAGUUGUCUUGUUCCGGUAGAUAAUACGGUAAUCCCUUGUUUGUAUGUUUUUGUUGAAAUUGGGAUUGAUGUUUCGAAACUUGUUAAGACGAUUGAAAUGAAUGAAUUGGGUAGUAGGAAUUUGGCUGUUGCUGGGACGAUUCAGUUUGCUGGGGCAAUUAGGGGGGUUAAGGUUGAGCUUGAGAGAUUAGGGUUUAGGGUUUUGGUUCCGCAAUCGAAACCGUUGUCUGCUGGGGAGGUUUUGGGGUGUACUGCACCUAAGGUUUCAAUGAAGGAUUUUGGGGGUGUUGGGGUUGGUGGGGAUGAUGGGGAUUUGGUGAUUGUGUUUGUUGCUGAUGGGAGGUUUCAUUUAGAGGCGUUUAUGAUUGCGAAUCCCGGGGUUAAGGCCUUUCGAUAUGAUCCAUAUUUGGGGAGGUUGUUUUUGGAGGAGUAUGAUCAUAAAGGGAUGAAGGAUUCGAGAAUGAGGGCGGUUUUGAAGGCGAAAGAGGCUAAGAAUUGGGGAGUUGUGUUGGGGACACUUGGGAGGCAGGGGAACCCGAAGAGUCUUGAGAGGUUGGAGAGGAAGAUGGAGGAGAAAGGGAUGUCGUGGACCGUUGUUUUAAUGUCGGAAAUAUCACCUUCUAGGAUUGAGUUGUUUGAGGAUUCGAUUGAUGCUUGGAUUCAAAUUGCUUGUCCUCGAUUAUCUAUUGAUUGGGGGGAGGCAUUCCAUAGGCCUUUGUUGAAUCCGUUUGAGGCUGAGAUUGCGCUUGGCUUGAUUCGUGGUUGGUGGGAAAGAGAUGAUAGCAUUGUUGGUGUUGAUUGUGGGAGAAAUGGGGGGAGUUGUGGUUGUGAUAAUGAAAAUAACAAAGGUGGGGUUGAUCAUGGAGGUGAUUAUCCUAUGGAUUACUAUGCUCAGGAUGGAGGAGAUUGGAAUUCAAGUUACAUGAAGGGGAAAAAUCGCCCUACUAGAAGAAAUCUUCGAUCAAAUGUUGCUGAUGGGAGUGUCUCCUGAUUUAUUAUGUUUAUAUACCGUGUGCAUUUGUCUCAUUAUUUUGCGGCUUCUAGAGACCAUCCUUCAAGCAGAAGGCUAGGCAAUUUUGCAGUCCAAGUGGAAGAGCCAACAUGACUUGUAAUACUCUUUCCUCUUGUCUAUGUUCGUUUAUGUGGAUUUUCUUGUUCUUAACUGAUUGAAUGUAUGAUAUUCGUUUACAAGAAAUGAAAGAGAUAUCACUUACUUUUUCUUA